AAUGUUCUAUCCAGGAAGGGUCCUGCUAUUAGUGAAGAUUCGUUCAAAAAUAUGUUUUAUAUGCAAACUCUACGCGUUUCUGGUUUUGAUGGUUUUAUAGAAGAUGAUGCUUUGGAAAUUCUUUCCCAUUUGAAAACUUUGUCUCUGAAGAACAGUUAUUUUGGGAAUAUUAAUUGCAUAUUUGGAUAUUUGAAGGGUCUUAUGGGGAUUCCUGUAGGAUUGUUUCGAAAUUUAAGGGAAUUGAGGGAAUUGGAUCUAUCUAGGAAUAAACUAACAAGUAUCUCGAAAUAUCACUUCAGUGGACUAACUGACCUCGAAUUUCUAGAUCUUAGCGGGAAUCAGAUACGAUAUAUGGGCAUAGAUACCUUCUCCAAAUUAUUUCAUCUGGCAUAUAUCAGCCUCAGUGGGAAUUAUUUACAUUUUUUAGGUGAUGAAACUUUCAGAAAGAAUAAAAAACUCCAAACUGUUUUGAUAGAUUACAACGCUAACCUUCACUUGGCUGACUAUUCUUUUGGAAAACUAAAAAGUCUUUCCAAAGUAAACUUGUCUAGCUCAGGAUUGGAGAUCAUACCAGAGUAUGUAUUUGACAACUCUCUGAAUCUUGAAAUUUUGAUACUGAAUCGCAACUUUCUUCAAAUAUUACCAGAAGGAGUGUUCAACGGGCUCCAGCAAAUGAAGAAAUUGGAUUUGAGUGAGAAUAGCAUCUCUUUCAUAUCAGAUGAAGUUUUUUCCUCCUUGAGCAAUUUGGAGGAUUUGAAUUUGAGAUUCAAUCAGCUUUCUGAAAUAAACAGUGUGAUUUUCAGUAAAACAGUUAAUCUAAGACAUCUCAAUCUGGGCUACAACAAAAUCAAAACAAUUUCUCUCUUCGCGUUUCGAUAUAGUAAGAAAAUGAGCAGUUUGGAUUUGUCUAAUAAUCUAUAUGAAAUGAAGUAUGGCAAUGAUACCAAUCCAUUUUUGCACUGCGAUGAAUUGAAAAAAUUGACACUGGAGGGAAAUCUCAUUGAAGAUUUUCCAUCUUCAAUUAAGUACCUGAGGGAGCUGAGAAUUCUGAACCUGAGGCAUAAUAAUAUUGAAAAGAUUUGGGUGAGUACACUAUUUGUUAUUAAAUAUUUUUUUUUAUGA